AAGUGCUGGCAGUAUUUAGGUAGGUUCUGAAGUGAAGAAGAGCACAAGAUAACCUGCAUUGCCUGUGAAAAUUUCAGGGAUAUCUUUAUCCAAAAAAUCUUGGUGUAGUUUCUUCUGAAGAGCUUCCUGGAAGAUAUACCAGGUACAACUUUAAAUUGUCAUUUUAGGAGAAAUGGUUGAACCUGUGGGUAACCAUUAUGUUAUAGCCAGACCUGUAUACUCGGAGAAUGCAUUCAAUGAAGAACAUGGGAAAUUGCACAGAUACCAUAAAACUUUUUGGGAUCACCUGAAACUCUAUUUUAGCUGCUCUCCACAAAGGGUCAAAAAAAUUGCUUUGCGUUUGUUUCCAGUCUUUUCCUGGCUGCCAGCGUACCGCUUCAGGGAGUGGAUCCUGAGUGACAUCGUCUCUGGCAUCAACACGGGGCUCGUGGCUGUGCUGCAAGGUCUGGCCUUUGCUUUGCUGGUGAAUGUCCCCCCCAGUUAUGGACUCUAUGCAGCAUUCUUCCCUGUCCUGGUCUAUUUUAUCUUUGGCACAUCAAGACAUAUCUCAGUGGGUCCCUUCCCUGUCCUGAGCCUCAUGGUGGGAGAAGUUGUCACCAGGCUGGUUCCUGAUGACAGCACUGGAAAUGGCAAUUCCACAAAUACCUCAGCAAUAAAUGAUGAGAGGGUGAUGGUGGCUGCAUCUGUAACCUUCCUUUCUGGGAUUGUUCAGUUGCUUCUGGGAAUUUUGCAGUUUGGAUUCAUCGUUAUUUAUCUAUCACAGUCAUUAAUCAGCGGUUUCACAACUGCUGCAGCUAUCCAUGUUUUGGUAUCUCAACUGAAAUUCAUGCUUCAGCUACCUGUCCCUGGAUUUAAUAAACCAUUUGGCAUUAUCUAUACUCUGGAGAGCAUUUUCAGCCAGAUCACAAAAACAAACGUUGCUGACCUUGUCACAUCACUGGUUGUCUUGCUUAUCGUGUUCGUGGUAAAAGAAAUGAACGAUCGAUACAAGGAAAAGUUACCAACACCCAUCCCGAUCGAACUCCUCGUGACAGUCUUAGCAGCACUGAUUUCCUAUUUUGUCAACUUUGAAGAAAAAUUUCAAGUAGCCAUUGUUGGAAAACUAGAGGAAGGAUUUCAAGUGCCUGUUGCACCUGAUGUAGGCAUCCUCCAGAACUGCAUUGGUGACGGCAUUUCCAUCGCAAUCGUUGGGUUUGCAGUAGCUUUCUCCGUGGCUAAAGUGUAUUCCAUCAAGCAUGACUACCCAAUAGAUGGCAACCAGGAACUAAUUGCUUUUGGGCUGGGUAAUAUAGUUGGUGGAUCAUUCAAGGGAUUUGCCUCCAGCACUGCUCUGUCAAGAUCAGGUGUGCAGGAGAGCACAGGAGGCAAAACACAGAUUGCUGGCAUUAUCUCAUCUGUCAUUGUUUUGGUUGUGAUCUUGGCCAUUGGGUUUAUCCUGGCACCAUUACAGAAGUCAGUCCUUGCAUCAUUGGCUCUUGGCAAUUUGAAAGGAAUGCUCAUGCAGUUCAAGGAAGUAGCCAUCCUCUGGAGAAAGGACAAGUAUGACUGUGUUAUAUGGGUGGUGACUUUCAUAGCUGCUGUCCUUCUAGGUCUGGACAUUGGACUAGCAACAGCUGUGGCAUUCCAGCUGCUGACAGUGGUGAUCCGCUCCCAGAUUCCAAGCUGCACUGUUUUGGCCAAUGUUGGGAGAAGUAACAUCUACAGAAACAGGAAGGAUUACACUGAUAUCUAUGAGCCAGAGGGAGUGAAGAUUUUCCGAUGCUCCUCUCCAAUCUUCUUCGCUAAUAUUGAAUUCUUCAGAGAGAAACUCAUCACUGCUGUUGGCUUCAACCCACUGAGAGUCCUGAGGAAACGCAAUAAAGCUCUGAGGAAGAUUAGGAAGAUGCUGAAGAAAGGAGAGCUGCAAGUGACGCCGAAAGGCUUGAUUUGCAUGGCUAAGCCAACAUAUGAGUCAGAUGAAGAGUUAGACAACGACAAAAUAGAGGAGCUGGACCAGCCCACCGUCAUGACAGACUUGCCCAUUCGGAUCAACUGGGACACUGACCUUCCCCCUGGCAUCACUGUGCCCCAGGUCAAACUCCACAGCAUCAUUCUGGAUUUCUCAUCAGUGUCCUUCCUUGAUUUUUCUGCCAUGACAGUCCUUCGAAAGACUUUGAAAGAAUUUGCCCGGCUUGACAUUGACCUUUACAUUGUUGGGGCACACGAAGGCCUCUUGGACAAACUGGAGAGAAGUGCAUUUUUUGAUGAAGAGAUUAAGCCAUCCAUGUUUUUCCUCACUAUUCAUGAUGCAGUUUUACACAUUUUGCUGAAGAAGGACAUAGCCAACUCCCCCAAAUUAAAGCUUGCUGAGGAGAAGGGCAGAAGCAGUGACUAUGCCAUCAUCCCCAGGAACGGACUGCGCAGCCGGGAGUGCACAAUUCCAACAGAAACAAAAUUUUAGACUUAACUUCCUAAGUAUAAUAUCCUCCAGCAACACAAUGUCACAGAAGAUGAAUGCAGAUGCUGUGAUGAGCAUGAAGACAGAAGGAUACUUUUAAAUACCUUGAGAAGGAUUUUCUACAUAUGGUUAUGUUCCAUGUUUUGGAAUGGGCUUGUUAGUCUUUAUGUGUCUCUGUAUAUAUAAAUGUAUUUAUGUAUAUAUAUGGAGGCUAAAAUAACACAGAUUUUUCUUAUUUCAUACCACAGUUUGUAGACAAUCUGUACAGUUACCUGAGAAUCUAUAAAUAUUUGAAAUCUUGUAUUGGAUACCACCACAGAAUAAUACUUAGGACUGAUAUUUUAUCUUAAGCAUGUACAUAACUUGUAUAAAGUUUUCUUAAUGGUUUGUAAGGUAUUUAGUAGACUGAGACUUGCUCUUGCCUUACUACCACAAGCAUAAGCACAGUGGUACACAGUGACUGAUGUAUCUAAUUAUGAAGAUUGCUCAGGAAAGACACAGGAUUUUCACAUCAAAACAUGAUUUGGGUUUGGCUUGUGUAAAGUGCACAAGGGAGGAAACAUUGAUAGUGAACUGUUGUAUAUACAUAUAUAGUGAACUGCCAUGGUGUCAGUGACUGUAUGGCUGCAUCUGUCCAUGCACCACCAAGGUAGCUCAUGGUCAGUGAGACCCAGCCUGUGGACAGACACCAGCCCCAGAACCUGGCUGGAGCAGCUGUGGGUGUGGAGCUGCCAGGUGGGCAGGCUGAAUUGCCUGGAUCUAUGGACAGAGGGCUUCAGCUUAAAGAGUCACCUCUGAUACUCUGCACAACUGCCAUCAAUUAACCCCUGCUGGAAGUCUAAGGCUUGAAGAUGAGCUACCUCACAACUUUCAGAGAAGAACAGAGAAGAAUGCCCCAAGUGACAGAACUUUUAAUUUUACAUAACAAGUGCUAGAGGUAAAAAAAUCUUCAGCCUAGAGGAAAAUGGAACCAUUCCUGGAGUCUGAAAGAAACAGCACUCUGAAAUAACAAUAGUUUAGUUUUCAAAGUUUGGUUUUGACUUUCAGUCAAGCUGGGGUGUCCAGAAAUGUGCAUUUGGACUUGAAGAAGGGCUGAAGGAAAGGAGAAAGUGUUCUGCUAAUAAACUAAGCUGGAAGUCAGUACUAAGACUGAGGAGAUUUUGAAUAUAAAAAUGAUUAGGUGAGCUUGAAGACAGAAGUAGACAAGUUCAGCUUUCAGGAAACACUCAUGCAUUUGCAGAUGAAUAACAAGCUUUGGUUCUGUAGUGGGUGAUCAUGUAGCUGACCUGGUGCGGGAGACAUGGUCCUUGGUGGUGUCACAGAGAUGCUGCUUCCUGCAGCUGUACCAACCCACUGCUCUUCUGAGCAUGCCACAGCAGAUUCACUGUCAGGUAUGUCUCGUGUGCCAGAUAAUCAGCACAGCAGUACCUGAAGACAGGUACAAUUAGCACACUACCAAACUGCCCUUCUAAUGCAGUCUUCCAAAAAACAUAGAGCAUAACACAACAGAUCUUUCCAGAACAAGAAAGUUAUUCAGUCACCACCAUAUAAGAAGGUAAUAAACUAUUAGAGAGUGUCCAAAGAGGGCAACAAAGAUGGUGAAGGACUUUGAGGAGAAGCCAUAUGAGGAGUGGCUGAGGUUACUUGGCCUAUUCAGCCUGGAGGACACUGAGGGGAGACCUCACUGCGGUUACAACUUCCUCAUGAGGGGAAAGAGGAGGGGCAGGCACUGAUCUCCUCUGUGGUGACCAGUGACAGGAUCUGAGGGAGUGGUCUGAAGUUGUGCUGGGGGAAGUUCAAGUUCAAUAUUAGGAAAAGGUUUUUUCCCCCCCAGGGGGUGGCUGUGCUCUGGAACAGGCUCCCCAGGGCAGUGGUCACAGCACCAGCCUGACAGAGUUCAAGAAGUGUUUGGCCGAUGCUCUCGGGCACAUGGGGUGACUUGCAGGGAUGGUGCUGUGCAGGAGCAGGCGUUGGACUUGACGAUCCUUCUGGGUCUCUUCCAAUUCAGCACAUUCUGUGAUUCUGUGAUACUGUGCAAUGCACAGGGGAAAUUUCACUCUAAAUACUCUGAACUUCAGGACUGAGCUCUCCAGUUCAAGAAAGAUGAAAUCAAAUGUUAAUGAAGAAAAUUAUUAUGAAGGUCUUUGUAAAAUGGAGAGCCUGUAUCUAAGAACUGGCAAAAAGAUAAAUAGAUAAUAGAUACAGAGAUUUAACCUAGGAGAGAGGAAAAGUUAUGAAAUAUUAAAAAAAAAAUAUUGUCCUGUAAGGGGAAAAAAAAAAUGAACUGGCCAAACUUAAACAUGAACAAGAUAUUAGAAGAUGGUUCCUCAUUUUUACAAUGGUGAGAUCCUUUCCAGCUAGAACAAAAAAUUAAACUGCUUUUAUGAUGAGAUUUAAACAUGUUCAUGAAAGUCAUGAUACCACAUCAUACCAGUGUAAUCUGAACUGUCAGACUCAAGCUGAUCUUUUCAGUCCUGUGCUCAUAUGUACCUAUACAGACCCAGACAAACUUCCCUAUCAAAAGCAAUAUAUGAAGUUCAGUAUCUGGUGGAAUACCACAUACUGCACUUCAAAACCAUAUGGGAUUCUUGGACAGGCUUCAGGUUAAUAAAAAAUGUUUUUUUCUAAA